AAGGAGGAGGUGAUGUUUACGUUUCGAUUUUUAUUUUCACUUUAGGGCUUGUGUUUUUCGUAUGAUUUUGAUUAAUUUUAGUAACUUUAAAGUUUUAUUUAUUGAAUUAUGUAUCAAUAAACCAUAAGUGAUAAGUUAGUGUUGAUGUCGUUUCUGUGUGUUGUGUUUUGUUGAUUAUUUCGACAUUAUGAAGGUAGACAUCAAUAGAGCUUGGAGGAGACGCGCGACUGCAGACGUAGCAGCGCGCCUGGUUCUGACAGUGACAGCAUGUGCGGCGUGCCUCGCCUUGGGGCACGCCGCCGAGCCCCUUGGGCCCUCCGACCGCCCCGAGGCUUACUUCAACGGCAGCUCCUACAUCCACCUCACGAGGCCCAUCUCACUCAAACAACUCGUCGGUCUCAGCUUUAGGACUUGCGUCGGAGGCGAGCUGUUCUCCCAACGGUUCGAGCGGUACACGCUACACGUAACGGCUUUAUACGAGCAAGUGGUGGUCUCUUGGGCCUUACCCACGCAGCCCACCAGGCAGGAGGCGCUGGCCACGGAGACCCUGGACAACCAGUGGCACUGGGUGGCGCUCAGGUACCGCCCCAACCCGCCCGCGCUGCUGCUCGAAGUGGAUAAGGAUGCUCAGGUUAUAUCCAACGUGACAUGGAACCCAGAACUCCUGUCUCCCGGCGCGCUGGAGGCCGGCGGGGCAGAAGUGCUGGUGGGCAACGUGUUCAGCGGCUGCAUCCACGAGGGGCCGCAGCUGGAGUUCCACGCCAACAACGCGCAGUUCCACAACGUUGUCUUCGGCCACUGCCCUCUCUCCACUGACGAAUGUAAAGACGGGAAGGACGUUUUAAGAAUACCGCCCAAAGAUCACUGCUACAACGAGCCUUGCAUGCGACAUGGAACUUGCAUCUCUAGACACGACAGAUACGAAUGCCACUGCACGGCGCGGUACACGGGCAACAACUGCGAGGUGGACGCCGGAGAUCCUUGUUUGUCGGCGCCCUGCCAGCACGGCGGACGAUGCCUGCUGGACUCGCGGGGAGACUACACGUGCGCCUGUACUCCUAGAUACCACGGAACUCAUUGUGAAUUAGAAGUUUCCUUGGACCCUGUCUGCGUGGCGGGUCCAUGCCGCAACAACGGAAGCUGCAGCGUGCCGCCCGGGGCAGACUCCUAUGUCUGCGCUUGCGUGCCUGGUUACACCGGACGUAACUGUGAGAUCGACAUCGAUGAAUGUGCGACUGCUGAGACUGCGUGUCUGCACGGCGGACGAUGCGUGGACGCCGUCAAUAACUACACCUGCGACUGUUCCAACACUGGCUACACGGGCGCCCGCUGCGAGACGAACAUUAACGAGUGCGAGAACGAGCGCGCCAUCUGCGGGCACGGCGCCUGCUACGACACGUACGGCGGCUACGUGUGCGCCUGCCAGCCCGGCUACACCGGCGAGCACUGUCAUAGGAUGUCGGCGUGCGCGUCGGGCCCGUGCGGCGCGGGCGGCGCGUGCGUGGAGGAGGGCGCGGGCGGCGGCUUCCGCUGCGUGUGCGCGCGCGGCUGGGCGCCGCCGCUGUGCGCCGCGCCGCUCGCCGCCCCGCCCGCCGCCGCGCCCGCCGCGCCGCCCGCCGCCCCGCCGGCCUGCGACGCGCCGUGCCCGCCGCGCUCGCACUGUGCGCACUAUAAGGACCUGCAUCCGGACAUCCCCACCACGGUGACGGGCAUCAUGGCGUCCAAACAGGCCGUCUGCGUGUGCGACCACGGAUAUUACGGCGCCCCGGGCUCCGCCCCCAACUGCAGCGCGGCGGAGGCGGCGUGCGAGGCGGGCGUGUGCGCCAACGGCGGCGUCUGCACGCAGCUGCCGGACGGAUUCAACUGCAGUUGUCCAGCCGGGUAUAGAGGCGUGUACUGCGAGCAGGCGGGCGCCGCGGGCAAGGCGCUGCUGUCCGAGCUGAAGGCGCCGCCCGAGAGGUGCUCCGCCUCGCCCUGUCUCCACGCCGCCAGCUGCCAGGACACGGCGGUGGGUUUCCGCUGCGAGUGCGAGGCGGGGUGGUCGGGGCCUCGCUGCGACUCCCCCGCGGGGGAGGCGGAGGCGUGCGGCGCGCGGGGGGGCUGCCUCAACGGCGGCGCGUGCCUCGACGGCGCCUGCGAGUGCCGCGCCGGCUACGGGGGCGCGUCCUGUGAGCUGGCGCUGGACUGCCGCGCCGCCUCGUGUCAGCCGAGGCAGGAGUGCGUGGAGCAAUCCGGCGCGUGGCGGUGCGCAGCCCUGGCGGCCGACUCGGCCUGCGCCUCGUCCCCGUGCCGCAACGGCAGCUGCCUCGCCCUGGACUCCGGCCUGUUCCGCUGCCAGUGCUCGCCCGGGUACACCGGUCGACUUUGCGACAUGGAUAUAGACGAAUGCACGCGAAAUCCGAAGAUUUGUAACAACGGAGUGUGCCUCAACAAUCCUGGCUCCUACCAAUGCUACUGCAGACCAGGCUAUACGGGCGACAGCUGCGAACAGGAUAUAGACGAGUGCCUGUCAUCGCCCUGCAAACAUGGCGGCACCUGUCUGAACUUGGAGAACAACUACGAGUGCACUUGUAUGGUCGGAUUUGAAGGCAAGGACUGCUCAAUAAACAUUGACGAAUGCGCCGCGUCCCCGUGCGCGUCCGGAGCGACCUGUGUCGACGGCAUCGCGUCCUUCACGUGCGUGUGUCCCGAGGGGCUCUCCGGCCCGCUGUGCGACACCGACAUUGACGACUGCGAGUCCAACCCUUGCGAGCACGGCGGCCGCUGCAUCGACGCCCUGAACGGGUACCGCUGCGAGUGCUCCGGCACCGGGUACUCGGGGGCGGAGUGCCAGCUCAACAUCGACGAGUGCGCCUCGGAGCCCUGCCAGCGCGGCGGCUCCUGCGUCGACGACGUGAACGACUACCGCUGCGAGUGCCACAGGGGGUACACAGGCAAGAACUGCGAAAUCGACAUCAAUGAGUGUGAAGGUGAACCUUGCAAACAUGGCGGCGUGUGCCUGGAGAGGAGCAACGCUAGUCUGUACCGCAACGAGCUGCUGCCUGUCCCCGUGGGGCCGCACCCGUCCAUGAAGCUGCCCCCGUCCUUCUACAGUCGGUUCUCCGUUGAGAACGCUAGCGGAUACGAAUGCGUGUGCGUUCCGGGCACGACGGGCGCCCGCUGCGAGGUGAACAUCGACGAGUGCGCGUCAUCCCCCUGCGGCCACGGGAGCUGCGUGGACGACAUCGGCCGGUACCGCUGCGAGUGCUCCCCUGGGUGGGAGGGGGAGCUGUGCGACGAGGAGAUCGACGAGUGUCAGCGCUACACUCCCUGCCAGCGAGGUACAGUGUUGUCUGAGAUGGCAGACGUCAUCCCCCUGCCGCCACGGGAGCUGCGUGGACGACAUCGGCCGGUACCGCUGCGAGUGCUCCCCGGGCUGGGAGGGGGAGCUGUGCGACGAGGAGAUCGACGAGUGUCAGCGCUACACUCCCUGCCAGCGAGCCCCUGCCGCCACGGGAGCUGCGUGGACGACAUCGGCCGGUACCGCUGCGAGUGCUCCCCUGGGUGGGAGGGGGAGCUGUGCGACGAGGAGAUCGACGAGUGUCAGCGCUACACUCCCUGCCAGCGAGGCCGGUGCUACGACGGGCGCGCCACGUACCACUGCAGCUGCGAGGCGGGCUGGGGCGGCCGCAACUGCUCCGUGCCGCUGACGGGCUGCGCGCGGCAGCCGUGCCGCAACGCGGGCACGUGCCUGCCCUGGCUGCACCGCGAGACGCAGCAGCGGUUCAACUGCUCGUGCGCGCCCGGCUUCUACGGCACCACCUGCGAGAAGAUCACCACAAUGUCUCUAGAGAAGGGAAGCUACGCGGAAGUGAACACGUCCAGGGAGGAAGGCUACGACCUCUCGUUCCGGUUCAAGACGACCAUCGGGAACAGCCUCCUGGCCAUGGGCUCGGGGCUCACGUACUUCUUCCUCGAACUCUCCAACGGGAGGCUGAACUUGCAUUCCAGUCUGCUCAACAAGUGGGAGGGCGUCUUCAUCGGCUCCAACCUGAACGACAGCAACUGGCAGAAGGUGUUCGUGACCAUCAACUCGUCGCACCUGGUGCUGGCCGCCAACGAGGAGCAGACCAUCUACCCGAUCAGCCAGAACGAGGCGUUCAACUCCAGCGUGACCUCGUUCCCCAGCACCCGGCUGGGCAACGCGGGCUCCUCGUACGCCACGCUCAGGCACGGCCCCAACUUCUUCGUGGGCUGCUUCCAGGACGUCGUGGUCAACGGGCAGUGGGUGCUACCGGAAGACUCGAACGCCACGAGCGGCGAGGCGGUCACGGAGGUUAUAGAGGAGGCGGACAGCCAGCCGGCGGAGGGCGAGGGGGGUGCGGGCGGUGUGGGGGGUGGGGGGGGCGCGCGCUGCGAGCUGCGCGGCGUGCGCGCGCGCUGCCCGCGCACCCCGCAGUGCGCGCCCAACCCGUGCCGCUCGGGCGGCGGCUGCGAGGACGCCUGGACCAGCUUCGUGUGCUCGUGCCCGCGGCCCUACCUGGGGGACACCUGCCAAUACAACUACACAGCGGCCACGUUCGGGCACGAGGCGGCGACGCCGCGCUCCGUGGUGACGGUGCUGGUGCGGGACGCCGCUCGCCGCGCCGUGCACGCCGCGCUCGACAUCUCCAUGUUCAUCAUGACCAGGAAGCCCACCGGCCAGAUCUUCUACCUCGGCUCCUUGCCCAGAGCCAGUCCAACAGACGAGACGCAAGUAUCGGCGUCCCUUUCCGCCGGAGAACUAUUGGUGCACCUCCGCUUCAACCAGACCUCCGAGAACUACACGGUGGGCGGCACGAGGCUCGACAACGGGCACAUGCAUCUCAUUGAGGUGGUGCGAAAUUCCACGCUGGUACAAGUGAAACUGAACGGCACGGAGUACUUCAGAAAGUCUAUAUCGGCGGCGAAGCAGCUGGACGCGCAGGUGCUGUACCUGGGCGGCCCCCCUCCCCCGCCGCCCGCGCCCGCCGCCGCGAACGCGCUGAGCACGCCGCCCCCCACUGACCUCGACGACGCUGACUACUUCAAGGGAGUCAUACAGGACGUGCAGGUGUCGAACGGCGUGAACGUGACCGUGGUGGAGUUCUUCCCCCUGGGGUCCGUGGCGGGGCUCCAGCUGCCGCCGCCCUUCGGCCACGUGUCCCUGGACCCCGCCGGGGUGCUCCGCGGCGUCGUGUCGGACGACGCGUGCGCCUCGCGGCCGUGCCUGCACAACGCCACGUGCACGCUCACCUGGAACGACUUCACUUGCACCUGCCUGCGCGGCUACAAGGGCAAGCAGUGCGCCGAGGUGGAGUUCUGCCAGCUGCAGGGCUGCCCCUUCAACUCCCACUGCAGGAACCUGGACGCGGGUUACGAGUGCGUGUCGGAGGCCACGUUCGACGGGGUGAACACGACCCUGUCGUACAAGCUGCGCGUGCCGCGCUCUGUGUCCAUCGCGGCGGAACAACAGGUGGAGCCGCCCACUUCGCUCACCAUCACUUACAGGAGCAAGACCGGCGGCACAUUAUUCCGCGCUCAGUCCGGCAGCGGCGCCAGCAUGGUCUGGUUCACGGUGGGCGUGUUCAAGGAGCAGGUGACCGUGGAGUGGCGGCUGUCCGCCAGCUCGCUGCCGCAGCUGCGGAGGAUGAGGAGCAGGGACCACCUGCUGUGGAGCACGCUGCGGUUCCAGCUGCAAGGGGAGCUCGUGAGCGUGCUGUCCAGGCAGCUGGUGACCGUGGAGGGGCGGCUGUCCGCCAGCUCGCUGCCGCAGCUGCGGAGGAUGAGGAGCAGGGACCACCUGCUGUGGAGCACGCUGCGGUUCCAGCUGCAAGGGGAGCUCGUGAGCGGUUCAUUCGUGGACGCGGAAGGUCACGAGGAGACCCUGAUGAGCGCGUCCAUCGACGCGGCGGCCUGGCAGCGCCUAAUGCUGGACGGCGAGCUGCAGCUGGGCGGCGUCAGGCCCGACCCCGCCUACACCACGCAGCUGUACGAGAACAGCACAGAAAUGGCUAUAACCGAGUACACUGACGGCGAAGACUUCACGGACAACUUGGCGGGAGAGUACUUUAAGGGCUGCAUGGGCGCGGUGCACGUGGGCUCGCUGCUGCUGCCGUUCUUCACGGAGGCGGAGCUGUUCGUGGGCGCGGCGGCGGCGCUGCUGGCCGCGCAGCCGCACUACGCGCUGGUGGCGGGGCGCGGCUGGGGCGCGGCGCGCGGCGUGGGCUGCGUGCUGUGCCUGGAGGCCGACUGCGCGCGCGGCGGCCGCUGCCGCGACGUGCGCAGCCACUACGGCUGCGUGUGCGCGCCCGGCUACAGCGGCGACUACUGCGAGAUUGAUAUAGACGAGUGCGCGUCCAACGAGUGUCAGAACGGCGCCACGUGUCAAGAUGGCGUCGCUUCCUACACCUGUCUAUGUCCGGAAGGCUUCGACGGCGAACUCUGCGAGCACGACAUCGACGAGUGCGCGUCGUCCCCGUGCCUGCACGGCGGCUCGUGCGCGGACCGCGCGGGCGGCUUCUCGUGCGCAUGCGCCGCCGACUGGGGCGGCGCCACCUGCGACGUGCCGCGCCGCCGCGCCUGCGCACAGCGGCCCUGCCGCCCGCUGCGCGCCUCCUGCGCAGACACGCCGCCCGACCCGCCCACCGGCAACAACUACACCUGCCACUGCUUCGACGGCUUCGAAGGGGUUCACUGCGAGUUCGCGUUCUGCGAAGUGAAGCCCUGCGAGCACGGGGAGUGCGUGGUGACUGACGGACAGAAACCGUUCUGCUCGUGUCCCGAGGGCUACUCGGGCAAGUACUGCGAGACGGAGCGCGACUCGUGCUCGGAGGACGCGGCGCUGUGUCGGCACGGCGGGCGCUGCCUGCCCGCGCGGCCCGGCUUCCGCUGCGACUGCGCCGGGACUGGUAACGUGACACAUACAUGGUCAAAAAGUGCAAAUAUGAAUUGGAUAUUGAGAACAGUGUUGGCGGUCGCCUUAACAGGCUACACCGGCGCGCGGUGCGAGACGGACGUGGACGAGUGCGCGACCGGCAUGGUGAGCUGCGGGCCAGGGGAAUGUCUCAACCUCGACGGCUCAUUCACUUGCAUCUGCUCAUCCGGUUUCUGCGGCGUGGAGUGCAAGCUGCGCGACCCGUGUUUCGAGCCGCACGGCAACCGGACCGGGCCGUGCGCGCACGGCGCCUGCUCGCAGCGCUGCGCCGGCGCACCCGCCUACCGCUGCGACUGCCACGAGGGCUGGCAGGGGAUUAAUUGCACGGAACAGGCGGCGUGGGAAGGCCCCGGCGCGCUGGGCGGCGGGCGGGGCGCCGUGAUCGGCGUGGGCGCAGCGCUGCUGGCGCUGGCGCUGCUGGCCGCGGGCGUCGCCGCGCUCGCCGCGCAGGCACGUCGCAAGCGCGCGACCCGCGGCACGUACUCGCCGUCCGGGCAGGAGUACUGCAACCCGCGCGCGGAAAUGAUGCACAACGCACUCAAACCGCCGCCCGAGGAGAGGCUUAUAUAGACGACAUGGUCAUGGAAGAAACCUACAAGAAAUAAAUGAACAAAUUAACGAAAUUGGAUGGAAGACACGAAACGUAUCCCAUGUCAACUGCGAGAGUGUGACUGACUCAAUGUGUGUGUGUUAAAGAUGUGUGCGCGGGAGUUGUGUGUGUAUGUGUGUGUGUGUGUACACGUUUUUAUAUCGACGGCGAGCUUGACGUGUGUGGGGGGUGUGUGAGUUGAGUGCUAUUUAAUAUUAAUAAGGGUAAAAAUAUUAAACAAAUUUUGUACUUAAGCGGUGAUACCUCCUAGGAAUUAGGUUUAUUAUAGGACGGAAUGGUAGCGCAUGACAUUAAUUAUAUCAAGACGGAAUAUCGUGCCUGAAAUCGCAAUUUUAUACACAUUUAUUAGAUUUUAUAUUGAAAUGAAAUGUAAGAGUAUUGUUUUAGCUAGUAAAUUCGUGUAAGAUACUUUAAAUUAACUAUGAAAUUUGUGUUUUAAUAAUAGGCGAUUGUACUUAAUGUUAUAUGAAUUGAAUUAUACUAGUCUCUUAAGGUAAAUUAUGAGGUGCGUAUAUACGCAAUGCAAAAGCGAAUACUAGUAUACGUACAGUGGACCAAUGAGAAACUAUCUCGAAAUGUAUCUUAAUACUAAGGUGUGUACACUUGCCUGUGAGAUCCACUGUACAUGCUAUGUUCACUACAGGAAUUGUAUUUACACUUAUCCAUAUUUAGUAUCAAAUUGAGAGGCAUGUUGGAUGAAAUAAAAUAAUGUAACUUAAUGUAUUGUAGUUUACUGUAAUCGCCGCAUCGGCGCUGGAUUCGGUGUAUCCGGCGCAGGCGCAGACUUAUUCUCACUGUUUCUACCAUGUUUUAUUAUUGUGUUGUUUUCUUUGUACUUCUAAGAAAAUUACAUUCCCAAGGUGUGGGUGUUGUUCGGCAUAUCUGUUGAUAAUAUUUACAAUAUUAUUAUGUUACAAUUGUAUUUAACGGACUUUGAAAGAGCUGGGAAUACGUUUUGAGAGAGAAGACUAAUCUCAAUUAUCUUUUUAGACCUCUAUCGCAAAACUUUCACAAAAAUAUUUCCCACACGACAGAAAUUGUGAGAUCAAAGUCGCACGAUGCGGGAUUGGUUAAUAAAUGAAUUUAUGCACCCCUAUGGUGCGAUGUUAGUUGUAAGUUAUGAUGUGUAAGGAAAUAUAAAAAGCGUGCAACAUUCUAAAUUACAUUUUAGUGAAGGCGUCCCUCGACCGCACCAGGUCCGCCCUCGCCGCGACGCCUCCUACUUACACAUUUAAACAUAUUAAUGUCUUAUCACUUAGUUAAUCAAUUCAAGCAAUAAGUUAACUUUUAAGGUUAGAAAUUAAUAUCCCGAUUUAGAAAUACUCAAUUGUAGAGGUGUGAAGCGGCGAAGGGCGGGCGCGGCGAGCCGUCCGUGCCUUAAGAGAAAGUCUGUAUGUUUUGGAGUUAUUUACAUAUAUAUAUAUAUAUAUAUACAGAUUUAGGACAAAGUAUUGUAUGAUAGACUGUAAGUACACGUGUAUGUACAGUAGAUUUGUAGGAGCUAUUUACGAGAACCCAUAGUAUUACGUGAGUGCUCAAUGUUUACAUUCCAUUCGUAAUAAACUCUUGAGGAAUUGUUGGUAUGCAAUUUUUAUGUUCGUUUUAUAUUUAACGUAUUACCUGUAUUUUGAUGAGCGCCAUUUUGUUUCGUCUGUUCUUUUUACCUCUUUCUUUUGUGAUAUUUUCUGAAUGAGCAAUAAUGUCGACUGUAUUUUAAUUUAAUCUUUAUUUACUUAAAACACUUAUUUCUAUAGAUAAUUAAAACUUUACUUUGUAACAACAAAUUGAUAGCAUCUUAAUCAAAUUUGUCCUUUCUCAAUAAUCGUCUUAGUGAAUAGGAAAUUUAGAUUAAAUGAUAUUGUACAUAGAUUCCUUGUAUGUAUGGCUAUAGUUACUAAUCAAUGUUACCGUCCACUGAGCGUAACUAAUUGUAGCUCGGCGUGUUAUUGCACGGCCUAUUGGCGUAUAGUGACUCAAUAAAGGACGUUCUAUCACUG